AUGGCUGAUGCUAUCGAGAAUCGGGGACCGCAGCUUGCGGUCGUCGACUAUACUUUUGCCAUCCUCGCCUUUGUUACCAUUCUGUUGCGAUGUGGUGUCCGGCUGUUUAUUGUUCGAUCGUUUGGCCUUGACGAUUGGUUGAUGAGCCUUGCUGCCGUCACUUUCAUGCUCUACUGCUCAUUCUCUCUGACCGGAGUAUCAUACGGCACUGGUCGUCAUGAAGCCGACCUUCCAGCAACAAAUGUAUCACAUGGACGAAUGUUCUGGUGGCUUUGUUACUUGAUGUACUGCACAACCAUGAUUCUCUCCAAAAUUUCCAUUGGCUACCUGCUCUUGCGCGUAGCCGUCAAGAAGAUACAUGCCUGGAUCAUCUACGGUGCCAUGGUCAUUACCGGAAUCACCUGCACAAUCUUUUUCUUUGUCGUCAUCUUCCAAUGCUCGCCGGUCUCCUUCUUCUGGAACAAGCACCAGGACAACGGCACGUGCAUCAAUAUCGAGGUCAUCAUUGGGUUGGCCUACCUCUACAGUGCUUGCAGCGUCAUCACCGACUUUACCUUUGCGCUGUUGCCCGCCUGGAUCAUCAUGGGUCUGCAACUCCACCGGAGAACAAAAUUUGCAUUGAUCCCUCUCAUGGCCAUGGGUUGCGUUGCCAGCGCAGCUGUCGUGGUCCGUUUUGCCUAUCUCCCCCGAUUCCGAGACCCCGACUUUCUCUGGGCCACCCUGGACAUUGCCAUAUGGUCGACCGUCGAACAAGGAUUGGCCAUUGCCGCCGGUAGCUUGGCCACGCUGCGCCCGCUCCUCCGACUCUUGGGCUGGAAACUUGGCCUGACGACGCGACCAUCGCACAUGCACUCGAGCUACGGAAAGAUGGGCGGCAGCCGCAGCGCCCACUUGAGCGGGCACAUGAGCAGUCGGCGCCGAGGCAGUCAAGGCGCGGCCGACGUGCUGACCAUGAACUCGUUGAAGGAAGGCACCAGGCCGGCAAAAUCAUCAUCGGGCAACAACGGGCCUACAUCAUAUGAGGUUCGCUGCGAGGCCAGGAACGCACGAAGCAGAAACGACCUCGAGAGCCUAUCAAACGUGAUUACUCACGGCAAGACGUACGAAGUGAGUUCGGAAUAUAUCAGCCCGGCAUCACCCGACGAUGUAAAGAUCUGGAUCAAGCCGAGUCCCACAGGUAGCCGGGACGUUACUUGGCCCGAGAAGGAAAGAUCACAUAGUACUGAAAGUACUGAGCGGCUGCGCACAAAAAGAUCCAGCGACUCGAUAUUUGGCUUGUCAACAUCUCCCGUGUAG